CCGUGGAUGAGCCCGCAACUCAACCAGUGCUAAACGAUUUCAGCACACGCAGGGACUCGUCCCCACGGCGGCGGAUGGCAACAUGGCGACAGAGUUCCACAAUCUGCAGGAGUUGAGGCACAGUGCAUCUCUGGCUAAUAAAGUCUUCAUCCAGAGAGACUACAGCGAAGGAACCACCUGCCGGUUUCAGACCAAGUUCCCCUCUGAGCUGGAGAGCAGGAUUGAGCGGACACUGUUUGAGGACACUGUGAAGACGCUGAACAACUACUACGCAGAGGCAGAAAAGAUAGGAGGCCAGUCCUACCUGGAGGGGUGUCUGGCCUGCUCUACAGCGUAUCUUAUCUUCCUCUGCAUGGAGACGCGUUAUGAGAAGGUGUUGAAGAAGAUAGCCAAGUACAUUCAGGAGCAGAAUGAGAAGAUCUAUGCUCCCAGAGGGCUGCUCAUCACCGAUCCCAUAGAAAGGGGAAUGCGUGUCAUAGAGAUCUCCAUCUAUGAAGACCGGGGCUCCAGUGGCUCCAGCUCGGGAAGCAGCUCUGUGUCCGGCAGCACCGCUCGAUGACUGGGUACUUCCUAACAACCAUGUCCCCCCUGAUCACUCGCAACCCUGCAGGAGAACUGAGGACAAUGAUGCUUCCCCCUGUUCCAGCACUUAGCACAUACAUCCCAAAGCUACGCUCACACAAAGGAUUCACUUGCUUUUGACAAAUAAAGUCAUGCUGCGCGUGACGUGCCAUCCCGGUGUUCAUGCUUAUAAAACACGUGCUGCAGGAAUUUGUUGCAAAGGAACGUGCAUGCGCCGACACAGUCACGUUACUGUACGAUGCGGUGUCUCAAUUUCUCCAUCUUAUUUUUCGCUAGUAAUACUUUGUGUGUUCGUACCAUUACCUUUCUUCUUGUCCUCUUUGAAGUUACCACAGCUUUGUGUAAUCUGGUGGGUGAGAAAAUGGGAAUGAAGUGUUGAGGCACGAGUGAAGACCACAAGUCUCACCAAAACGCAGUCGCACCAUGUGGUCCAGAUCAGCCACUGCCGCACUGCACCGGACCAUGGUGGACUGAACUCCACCAUCAACCCUGCACACCAGACACUGGCGUGUUAUCUGUAGCUCCGGCUGAGUUUCCAGAUUUAAACUAAUCUGCGUAGGAUGUACAAGUAUUUGAAGGCAUCGCAAAGUUUAACCCACCAAGAUAAACUGUACAAAGAACCUCAUUCACCUCUGAUGUAAAUCAUGCUGUCUGGUAGCAGAUUAAUGUCAUUCAGCCCAUCCAUGUAUGAUAUGUAGCAGAUCUUCCACAUCACAUGAAGCCUAUAUAGUCUCUCUCACACACACACACACACACACACACACACACACACACACACACACACACACACACACACACACACACACACCCUCGGUACUAACCUCUUUGUUUCAAUGAGUGAAACUAACCAUUCCUACAUUUUUGAUAAUGCAAAAACAUAGUGUGCAUUACAUGCAAUAGUAAGUAGGCAAAUAAUGGGUCAAAAGGUCUUCCUGAAUCUUACCUUCAGUCUUUCAAAAUACACCAACCCUUCUUUGAUUUCUGAACACACUUCCAAAGAACAAUAACUGCCAUAACUGGCUCACAAAUGUGAAUGUGUCUUUUAUUUUGGUGACAUUUUGUGCAACAACAAACUUUCGUACUGCUUAUUGUUUGAUACACGUGC